UCACAUCGCACUUUAACCUACACAAACCCGGCGCAAGGUAGACCGCUCUCCUCUUCAAAAAUCAAUUUCACUUCGUAUUUGUGAUUUUUGGCAUUUCUGCACAGCUUUACUCCACAGGACCUUCCCCCUUCCGCUCAAUUAGGGUUUGGGUUUUAUGCGCACUCUCUGUUGUUCUACAUACGGAUACAGAACUAUAUGAAUUAAAUUUACGGAGGUGUAGGACAUACUGCUUGUGGGAAAUUAGGGUUUUCGGUUCUUGAUUUGUUCUUUCGGUGCCUGGGUGCUUUAUGCGUAAUUGUUUGUUGGAAACGUAGAAAGUUUGGCCGUGCUUUCUCUGAAGAAGUGGUCAAUUUCGAUGCCGCAAUACCCUCGAAAUUGUACCGUGAAAGUGUUGUUUCUGUGGAGUACAUGACGGUAAUUUGACGGACAGUGGUGAGUCCUGGUGGAAUUUUAUGGCGCCCAGCCGAAGGAAAGGCUCCAGCAAGGCGGCGGCUGCUGCUGCUGAUCGCCGACAGUGGAAGAUCGGUGAUCUUGUGCUUGCGAAGGUGAAAGGAUUUCCAGCAUGGCCUGCUAUGGUGAGUGAACCAGAUAAGUGGGGUUACUCGGCUGAUUGGAAAAAAGUUUUUGUCUACUUCUUUGGAACUGAACAAAUUGGCUUCUGUAAUCAUGUAGAUGUUGAAGAAUUUACAGAAGAAAAGAAAGAGUCUCUUUUGGUCAGACGUCAUGGUAAAGGUGCUGAUUUUGUUCGUGCACUGAAUGAGAUCAUUGAUUGCUUUGAUAAACUGAAGAAACCGAGUCCAGAUAUCAGUGCUUAUUGUACUGAUGAAAUCAAGGUGAUGAAAGAAAAUAAUUCUGCAGAAUCUGCGAUCAAAUUGGGGUCAAAGGAAGAAGAUGCUGCGGUUACACUUGAGUCACAUCUAAAGACACCAGUUUCAUCUGGAGCAACACAUGAUUUGAACUUUUUAACUGAAGCUGCUGUAGCAGCUGCAGCAGAAGAUGGUCUGCACGAUGAGGACAUGCGUCUAGAGGAUUCCGGCACUAAUUGUAUGGCUACAGAUAAGCCUUUGUUGAUGACUUACUCUACAAGAAACAAAGCUGAAGUUAGCCAACCAGAAAAAGGUGUAUCAGAGCGGAGGACGUCUGCACGAAGGUCUAGAGGUUCAUCAAGGAUUGGUGACGUGACAUUGCCUUCUAGCAACAAUACUAGGAGCUCUCGUCGUGUUUUUACUAAUGCAUUGCGGGAUACAUCUCUGAGAAGAAGUAAAAGGAUUAUGAAGUUGCCUGAUGAUACUGAUGGACAUGAAAUGGACUCAUCUGCUUUUGUAUCAAACGACAGUGAUGAUGAAAAUGAUUCUGAUACGGUGACGGUCUCUGAUAAUCUUAGCUGUGAUGACAGCAGCACUUUAGAUUCUGGUUGUAAACCAAAGCAACCUGAAUCUGUUGUUGAAAACUGUGAAGGGGAAAUUGAAUUAAAUGAUAGGCUUGACUUUCAAACUAAUACUGUCAUCAUUAAAAAGAAACGGAAGCCAAAUCGGAAAAGACACAGCAGUGAUACAGUAGCUAGAUUAGACAAACCAAUUUCUGAGGCUGAGAUGCAGAAAAUUGAACAUGUUUUGCCUAGUAAUAAUGGGAAAUCUGCCGAAAAAUGUACGAAGGAAGAUGGUGACGAGCACUUACCACUAGUGAAAAGAGCCAGGAUUCGUAUGGGCAGACCAUCACCUUCUGGGGAGGAGUUAGGUUCUUUAGCAUAUAUGGAGGAAAAAUUGUUGGAUAUUUCUAAAAGCCUCAGAGUGCAGUCCUCUGGACCCUUGAAUUCCAAGGAAGAUGGUUCUGCCAAUAGUAAGCCUUUUUAUGUUGAAGGAGAUUCAGAUAAUCUCUCUGUAUUCGAUUCAAGUCUUUCAAGUAAGCCUCAGAGUUGGGAGUCCAGAAAGAAUUUUGUCGAUGGUGAAGCUGCCUUACCUCCAUCUAAACGCCUACACCGUGCCUUGGAGGCCAUGUCAGCUAAUGCAGCUGAAGAUAGUCUAACGGUUUUGGGGGGUGGUCUAUCAAUGGUGAAUAUGUCUACUAAUGGAUGUUGUAAUUCGCCUGGGGGAUGCCCUGAGCUGUCAAUGGUGAGCGGAGCAUAUAUCCAACCUAUAGCAGGGACUGCGGAAGGUGCUGAUGGUAGACAUCUGAAAGAUUCCUCAUAUGACCAGAAUGUAAAGUUCAAUAUUGUGGAACCAGAUCUAAAACCAGCUUCACCUAAUACUGGUGAAAAACAUGCUCAUUUAGACUGCACUGGUUCUACUGAUCAUUGUGAAACUGAGUGUUCUGAAUUGGCCACACCUUUUCAGGGAUCUCGUGCCGAUAUUGCCUGGAGGAGUUCAGAUACUAUCUUGGUGGAAGAAAUUGCUGUAGGUUCACCACAAAAUGAGACUGAUGUGUAUCCGGACAAAGGGUAUAGUAAAGGUGAUAAAACAUCUGAGACGCAGAACCUUUUAUUAGCUGAAACAAAUCAAGAGAAUAGAAUGCCUGAGUUUGAGAAAGAAUCAGCAUUAAAGGAUCCCUCUGCUACUCCUAUGAAGGUUAUGACUGAUUGUUGUAAUCAACAAUUAUCUCAUUCUAAUUCUUCUUUCGACGAUCAUCUGCACAACAAAACUGUCUCAUUCACUCAGACAUCUUCAUCUCCAACUGAUGGGCUGGAUUCAGUUGGACGGGCAUCUCCACCCAGUUCGUCCAUACGCAACAUGUCUUCAUUUGAAAAGAAUACUUUUCUUGAAAGUAAUAGUCGUAGUCCUGAUGUUUUAUUGCUUGUUGACAAAGCUAAACUAGCUGGGAAGUCAAGCAGCGAAGGAGGAGCUAAUAAUGCUUUGUCGUCCUUUGAAACCAUUCUUGGAUCACUGACGAGGACAAAAGAAAGCAUAGGUCGAGCAACACGCAUAGCUAUUGAUUGUGCUAAAUUUGGUUUUGCCACUAAGGUGAUGGAACUUCUGGCUCGAAAUUUGGAAAAUGAGUCAAGUUUGUCCAGAAGAGUGGACUUGUUUUUCCUCAUUGAUUCUAUCACGCAAUGCUCUCGAGGCAUGAAAGGUGAUGGUGGCAUAUAUCCCUCAGCAAUCCAACCAUUAUUGCCACGCUUAUUGUUGGCUGCUGCUCCUCCUGGUAGUUCUCAUGAAAAUCAUAAGCAGUGUUUGAAAGUUCUGAGAGUGUGGCAUGAGAGAAAAAUUCUUCCAGAACCCAUAAUCCGCCACCAUAUUCAGGAGCUUGAUGCCAUUUGCAGUUCAUAUCUUACUGGGGCGUCCUCACGCCGACCUUUAAGAAAUGAAAGGGCUUUUGAUGAUCCUAUUAGACAAAUGGAGGGUAUGCCAGUUGAUGAAUAUGGAAGCAAUUCAAGUUUUCAGCUGCCUGGUUUUUGUAUGCCUCCAAUGCUAAGAGAUGAAGAUGGAGGAAGUGAUUCUGAUGGAGAGAAUUUUGAGGCUGUCACUCCUGAGCAUGAUGCUGAAAAUGUUGAGGGAGAAAGGAAUCUGGUUUCUGCAGUUGAGAAGCGUAGACAUAUCUUGGAAGAUGUCGACGGGGAGCUUGAAAUGGAGGAUGUGGCUCCCACUUGCGAAAUGGAAAUUAACGCCAGUAGCAAUAUAACUGUAGCGGGUAGUGAACUGAUGUCAAAUCAUCAAUCUGACAGUCGUUUUGGGGCUUCAUUUGCUCUUCCACCCCCCAAGGACAUAUCACCAUCUCCUCCUUUGCCCAGGUCUCCCUGUCCUCCAGCUUUACCGCCUGCAAUGCCGGAGUCUGUUUCGCAUGGUUCUGAUUGGAAGCUUUAUUCUAAUUUUCAGAAGACCAAAAGAAAUAUCCAGGACCCUCUUGUAAAGCAGUCUAUAAUGCAUAAUAUUAGUCGGACAACUUCAGAUGCCGUGCAUCAUCAUUCUCAUGACAAUAGAAAUUUUGAAACUCAGAUGCCAAGGAUGUCUGACUUCACUAACUCGCGUUCUUUCAGCGGUCAACCUGGCUCCCAUCCAUCUGCACGAGCCUCUAAUACCGUAUUGCCAGCUGAUGGUGCUUUCAACAAGGGUUUUCAUCUGCGUCCACCCCACCCUUCUCCAACAAAUCAGUUCUCGUAUGUCCAAGAUCAGCAAAUGCAGUCCCGGAGGGAUGCCCCAAUCCAUUCCUAUAAUAACAGAUUUCCUGCACAGAGUGCUGGAAAUGGUAAUGUUUACAGAGAUCAUGACAGAAUGAAGUUUGCUCCACGUGAUAAUAUUGGAGAAUACUGGAGGCCUCCAUUCUCUUCUGUCUCUGGUCCAUGUCAUCCUGAAAGUGGCAGGAUGCCUCGUGCUCCUGUGUCUUACAAUGGUCCUCCUUGUGAGCCACCAUUACCUAAUAAUAGGUGGGCCCACCCUCCCCAGCCUAUGAAUCAUAGGCAAUUUAUUCCAUACGGACAACCUUCCGAAGGUCCAAUUCCUGUGGCAAAUAGAGGCUAGCAAUAUUGCAUGGGGUCUUCUGUGGGCACCCUUUGUGCAAUGAAUAUUGGAUGUAGUGAAGAGAACUAUUGAAGAUCUGGUUCGUGCUAUAGCCCUCUAGUCUUAUGAUGGAAUUAGAUCUGAGGUAAAAAAUUACCAAGGAUUAAGCUAUGGAAAAUAUUGGGCAAUUUGAUUUAAUUCUAUCGCUUGAUUACAACGGAAACAGAACUGUAAAUAAAAGAAGAAAAUUACAAGAUAUAUGAGCUAUUCGAGAGGCUCAUUCUCUCCUCACUGUUUGCUAAAUGUUUCCUGCCUUUUAUUGAUCUUCUAGAAUCUCCCUCUUAACAGUUUGCACAUGCUGUUGGUUGUAAUCAUAUCAGGCUCACGUGAUUUCUUAUUGCUGCCCUGAUUUGCUAUCCUUGCUGCCCCUGCCCUGACCUGCCUUGUUGUGUCUUGCAUAUGUCACUUUAAUUGGUGGCCUAUCAUCUUACAGCUGAUGUGUGAUCCCCCUUCCCAAGUGACUAUCAAAUUAAACUGGACCGGCCUGCUGGUCCAACUGGAAAACCCAGGAGCUGGCCCAUAAUGUGGCACUUCAUUUGUUAUUACCAUCUAUAGGAAAACAGGUCAAAGAAUCACUAAACCGGCCAAUUUAACUGCUAAUUGCUGAACCGGUUGCAGUUCUACUGGAUUUUUGAGGUUUAAUUUAUAAUUUUUCAACUACAUUAAUGACUCAUGCACUGAAAUUAAAUGCCCAUAUAGGUAUCUUGGUAAGCCUGCUCCUUUUAAUAGAUGCACUUCCUCCAGUGGCAGCAUUAAUCUUCCGAUAUGAAUUAUAGAGAAGUAUUCAUUCGCUUAAAAGCCAUUUUUUAAAUGUUAACCUCAUUCUUUCAAUUUAUAUGAUUGUGGGCUCUUAACAGAAAAAAUUGUAAUGUUCACCACAAUCUUUUCAUUCAUUUGGUUUUUAAAUUCAACUUAAAUUGCACUUCAUUAUUAGCAUAAUAAUGCUAGACACCCUUUUUAAUAGCUUCAAACAAUUCAAUUUUAACAAAGCAAAUUAUUUGGACAUUGAUUGUUAGUUUUUGAAGCGUAGAAGCUAGUUGCAGAAUGAUAAGUCUAAUCAACAAACAUAUGAACUUACUUUGAAUUAAUACUAUGAAAAAUAAAAAAUCUAUUGUUGCUAUAGUAUUUUAUGUUCUCUGUGUGUAUUAUUUAUUGCAUCUAGUUUUGUCCCCCAUUGAACUUUUUGACCAUUGACACUUUACCUUUUACGGGUCGAUGCCUGUUUCUGUUUCCGAAACAUUGGUGAAGAUGCAAGUUUUCAGGGGGUAAAUUAGUGAGAGGUUAUCUUUCUUUUGUAUAUUUCAUGCUGCUGUUUUUCUUUUUUGUUUCUUUUAUGUGAUUUUUCUUUUGACUUAACUUCUAAAGUCAAAGCAAGCAAAAUACUUAAAUAGCCGCUCAGUCUUACAUUUGUAUUAGACUCUUUUAGUUAUACUUGUGGAUUAAUAUUAGUCUUGUGAUCAUACUUUGUUAAUUAUUAAUUUAUUAUUGAUACCCUGUUUAUCCAUUUAUAUAUCUAGCUGCAAAUUAGACUUUUGAUUUUAUGGUUUAAUAUUCGCAUGCCUUUGCAUUAUUAUAAUUUUUAGAUUAUUUAUUGGUUUAUAUUGAAUCUUGCACAGUUGCACCUCGCCUCCCAUAGGCAAAACUCGGAUAUACUCUUGACUAUUGAUUAUAGGUGACAUUUGGGUGGUUUUAGGUUAAACGAAGGUCUUAGGAUGACAUUUUUCAGUAAUUCUAAGGGCUAAUUUACCUGAAAUAGUGGACGCGAGAUGAUUCGGAAUUAAUGCUUUACUGGGACAAAUGGUAACUUUUAAUGUAAGGUGACUAGGAGAUGCUGGGUAGCAUUAAGAUUGUUGUUUGUUGGAGCUCUUUUUAGUUGGUGUGGGGUUAGGGGUAGGUAUUAAAUUUGUAUCGGUAUGUCUCUGUUAUUUUAAGCCAUGUGAUUUAAAGUCAACCUGAAAGUUUAUGAUCAUGUUAUUUGCAAAAAGGAGAACAAAUCAGAUGGAGUGGGUGCUGUGUCUGAAAUGACGAACAUGUAGACAUUACUCUUAGAACAUCUUUGAGAGACUCUCUAAACACUAUACGUUCUCUAUUUUAGUGAGAGUGAUUCAAAAUAAGCUCCAAGAGGCUCUAUUCCAACUUUUCAAAAAUGAUACUUUAGAAUGAUUGCAUUUAAUAAACUACUGA